UCCCGUCUUCAAUUUCUACAGCCACCACAACUCGUCCUUCAUUUACGCCUUCCUGUCUUUCGUGGUCAAAUACCAGAUCUGAUAGCAGCUCUAGCGCCUUAUACCCUGCCGAGCGCUUAACAUUGACAAAAACUUGAACAGCCACAGUCUGAGUCACGGCUCCAGAUUGAUAAACGAUCUUGACUGACGAGUAGUCUUUCUCUUCUCCCUUCAUACACAUGCAUACGGUCGGUUUUCGCUACUGGAUCUGUCCAGGUCUCAUGCAACCCCACCUUCGCGCUCAGAGUCUGCCAUUCCGCGCCCUCCUCGUAUGCCGGGCUUCAUCUGUGAUCGUACCUGACACUCUCGCUGCUCCUCAUAGGCAUCGACUUACCUCACUGGCGUUCUCUAAUGCCCAGCUGGAUAAGAAUUGGAGCGACCGUAGAUGGCAUCCUACACUGAGGGCACCGUCAAUCAGGAAUGAUGCCCGUGGAAAGUUCGGAGGCUUCCAUGCUUUUAUGUGUCUAAACGCCCUCCUAUGCUCGGUUGUUAUCGGGUAUCGAUGUCGUCAGCGAUAUCAAGAUGCUAUCCGUGCGAAGAUAGACGAGGCUUCCCCGUACCGGAAAACUGAAUUAGGAGAAGACAGUCUUGAGUUCAUCAUGAACUAUUCUACUGCCAUCGCUCUCAAGAUCUUUGAUGCGAACAACUUCCGUCUCGUCGACUUUGAUGAUUACGCAUCGACGGUUGUGUACUUCUGCGCACUUAAUUGCGAGGGGAUGGUCGAAGUUCCUGUUGAAGUCUUCUUUGAAUGGAAUCCUGGGUAUCAGGAGUAUCAUUAUUGGUUGUAUGAGUAUCAUAGGGAUCUCCUCUUGAGUUUGCCGGACUGCGAUCUCAGGGAUAGGCUCCGUGGGAGAAUGAGGGACGCGUGUUUGAGGUUACAUGCGCUGUUGAGUGAUAGUAGUGUCCAGGGUGCUUUGGAGGAGACAGUGAAUUGGGGAUUGUAUGGGGAGGAAAAAGUCAAUCCUGUGAAAUAUGACAGCAGGUUAUGUGUUUCACAGCUUGGGGAAAGGUGUUUUCAUACGUUAGCUGGAAUUAUCGACAAAGCUGAGGAGAUGGUAGAUUAUACAGUGAUAGAAGUAUGGCGGUGAAAUGAAUAAACGAUCUUCUCAGCUUGGUAGUAAGAGAAACUUAUUCAUUAUCCCAUGGAAAAAUUGCAAUGUUUGCUGAUUAUAGACUCUUCGCACUUGAUAUUAGAUAGC